CAAACCUUGUAUUUUGGGGUGUUGAUUAUUUUCAUCACAACGGCUCAGGCCUGUACGCUAAAUGCGAAUCUAAAAAAUCCUACGUCGGUUAUCUGCGAAUAAUGUGUAUUGAAAGCCAAUGGACGGCUAUUGAGGAAUGUCAGAAAUACAGUCGACCACUUGCCAUCCAGGGCAUUAGACUUGUAAACGGUAGUAGUACUUUUGACGGCAGAGUUGAGAUCAAAGUGUUCGAUUCGUGGGGAACAAUAUGCAAUGACACAUUCGGAAUGGAGGAAGCAAACGUUAUUUGUAAAAUGAUGGGUUUUUAUCCUGCUAAAGGAUUCAGCACAUCAUUAAACGAGGGAACUGGACCUAUCUUUAUUGACGACAUGUCAUGUGAUGCCAACAGUUCUCACAUUAAUGAUUGCACGUAUGUAACUUACGACAAUUGUUCCCAUAGAAAGGACGUAAUCGUAACAUGCACAGCAAAUUGCGGUGACCCAACGCCGAAAUUUGGUAGGGCCAACGGCACUUCUUCGAGCGUUGGAUCUGUUGUAAGCGUGGCAUGUGAACAUGGUCGAUUACUAAUUGGCGAGUCGCUUAUUACUUGUCAAGAAAAUGGGAAUUGGACAAGUACACCGUCGUGUCUUCUUAUAGAUUGUGGUGAUCCAACGCCAAAUUAUGGCUCCAUAAACGGAACGUCGUAUCUCCUAGAUAGCGUGGUCUCGUUAUCGUGUAAUAGAGGCUUUAUUGUAUCCGGCGACUCCAUCAUAAGAUGCCAGAAUAACAGUUAUUGGACAGACUAUCCAAAAUGUGAUAUCAUUGACUGCAGCGAACUAAACAUAGCCAAUAUGACGAUUGACGGUGAUAAUACAACUACAUACGGGCAGAUAGCAGUUGUCAGUUGCAAAUCAGAUUUUACUCCACGCGGUUAUUGGACUGUGAAAUGUGAAGACAGUGGCGUUUGGAAUUACUCACAUGUACCUCAUUGUAAACUCAUUGACUGUGGUUUCUCCGCACCACCAUUUGGAAGUGUAAACGACACCACAUCGACAGUUGGUACUGUGGUCGGCGUGUUCUGUGAUUAUGGGCGACAGCUGGUUGGUGAUUCGGUAUUGGUUUGCCAACAAAAUGGAAAGUGGACAGGUUCUUCUUCGUGUCCAUUGAUAGAGUGUGACGAUCCAAUACCAGUUAAUGGCGCCGUAAAUGGAACAACACGAUGCUUUGAUGACAUUCUUUCAGUAUCGUGUAUUAGCGGCUUCAAGUUAGCAGGCCUUUCCGUCAUACGAUGUCAAAACAACAGUAAAUGGACUAACUAUCCCAAAUGCACCAUUGUUGAUUGUGGCGUCCUCGACAUUGUCAAUAUGUCUAUAAGCAUUGAAAAUGCGACUACAUACGGACAGAUAGCAUUUGUCAGUUGCAAACCAGAUUUUACUCCAAAAGGUUCAUGGCCUGUGAAAUGCGAAGCUAGCGGCGUUUGGAAUAGAACACAUGUACCGCAGUGUCAACUCAUUGACUGUAGGGAUCCAACGCCUUUUAAGGGCUUUGUUAAUUCAUCAGAAACAACAGUCAAUGCAGUGGUGAAUGUUUCGUGUGAAAAUGGUUACACGCUUUUGGGUGCUUCAGUCAUUAUCUGUGAGUCUACUGGCAUAUGGUCCGGGACUCCGAAAUGCGACCCUUCGGAUUGCGGUAGGCCAGCUAUAUCGAAUGCAGAAGUGGUGACAAGUAACUCAACGGCUCUGAAUGCCACAGCAGUAAUAAGUUGUAAAGAAGGAUUCGCCAUAUUUGGACCAAGUGUUAUUAAAUGCACUGAAACGGGAUGGAGUAAUAACGUUAAAUGCUUACGUAUUGUAUGUGAGAAGAUGGAAGUUGACAAUGGCAGAGUGAAUGGCACAGGUACCGAGUACGGGGCUGUGAUAUAUUUGGAGUGUGAUACAGGCUAUGCAAUUAAGGGUCCCAACAAACUAUCUUGCCAAGACAAAGGUCUAUGGAGCGAUUAUCCUACAUGCGUCAUUCAAAAUUGUGGAAACGUGACCGAACCAACCAACGGUAUGAUUACAUCGAGCCAUGUAACGACCACGUUUAAUUCGUCGUUGAGAUUUCAAUGUGAAACUGGCUAUCAACUAACCGGAAAUGACGUCAUGUGGUGUGACGCAAAAGGCGAAUGGAACAGUUCAGUUCCGACGUGCGUUCGCAAAUUUUGUGGUGACCCGACUCCAAAGAACGGCGCCGUUAACGGAACAUCAUUUUACUUCAAUGACGUGGUAUCAGUAUCCUGCGAGUAUGGCUACUCAUUGUCCGGCGAAGCUAUCAUAACAUGUCUUAGUACCAGAACAUGGACUGAUAACCCGAUGUGUAAUAUUGUUGUGUGCGAGCGCAUUCACUUAAAAAAUGGCACUGUGACCGGCACAGAAACACACUUCGGGUCGCAAAUCGAGGUGCAGUGUGACAUUGGAUAUGAUCUCCGUGGUGACAGGAGACUAUUAUGUCAAACCAAUGGUCAAUGGAGUGGCAAUCCAACAUGCAUUAUAAAAGAUUGUGGGCACGUCAGAUUGCCAGCCAACAUGAGGAUCGUAACUAGUCCUUUAGAAACAACGUUUAAUUCCUUACUGCGAUUCAAAUGCCAUGAAGAUUAUCUGCUAAACGAAAGUGACACAAUGUGGUGUGACGCAACAGGUGCUUGGAACAGUUCUGUUCCGACAUGCAUCCAGAAAUCGGACAUUGGUGGACCCUGUGUUGAUGCCAGAAUGUGUAGGAUACAAAGCGCAAUUUGUGAGGAUAAAAAGUGUUCAUGCAUGUCUGGAGUGGUAGACAGAAGAACACAAAAGUGUGACAUAAUGCCAUUGCUACCGUUUGGAGAAGACGAAGGAGAUAUGCUUAUGAAUCAACAUGAUUGCAGCGAACCCAUUGUUUUUUCACCUGCGAUACCAGUUUUCAACACAAUGAGACGGUCCAUACAUGUAUGCAGAUGUGGACUCGUAAGUUUUGAUAAGAAAUACACAAAUAAUAAACCUGUUCAAGCGGUUGAAGCAAAAUAUGAUAUCAUAGAACCGACAAUUGAUAUCAAUGACCCGGUUGUUGCUGCAUAUUUCGCAGAUAUCUUCGUUGACAAAUCCUCAUCAAUUACAUUUAGGACGUACGAUAUUCUCAACAACUAUCCAUUCACUGCCAAGGCGACGGAAGACAUAGCAUUCCUUGAAAGUUUAAUCAAACGCGUGGAAAAUCUUUCUUCAUUUGAAGUGAGUUUCGUUUUCAUUGCAACAUGGAGUAGUGUGAAACCUAAAGCGUCUGCAUUUAAUCGCAUUAACCCAGCAACGUUCCAACUGGCCAUCAUUUCAAAUGGUGUGCGGACCUAUUCCGUAACAAUAUACGGACAUGAAUUGAUGAACUGGGCUCUAAGUUCGAGAGAAAAAACUAAAACGAUUCCGUUGUGGAUCGGUCACGCCGGAGAGAAUGGUACUAAAUUCAACCACUUGUUUUCAUUCAAAACACCUGCACUUCGGAUGGAUUUAGGUUCUAAAUCAGGAGGAAUCAGUGGUCUUUUGUUGAAAAAUAUCGAUGCACACGACACCGCAUUUAGCAAUCACGGUGUUGAUUGUAUAAAGUGGUACAACAAAAACAGCAACAGGAAGCAGAAUAUCCAAGUCUACUCUCAACGUCUACCUAUGUGCCCAUGUGACAUCAAUCUAGCCCGAUGGGACCCGUGGUUUUGGCACAUCCGGACUCAACUGCGUCAGCAAAUUAGCAACAAUAUUGUGUGCGUUGACAUGAUGCUAAUUGAAACUGUCAAGCCACAUGGGAAGUCUUGCUGCUAUUACCGUUCGACAUUAACAUUUGUGGAAAUGCAACCUCUAUCUGGCGGAUUUUACUUCGCUCAUCCGUCAUACUCACAUCGUGAUCACGAGGUAAAUGACGUCAUCAUGAAGGACAAAUGCUGCGCGAAAUCAGACUACUGCGAUCUCUAUUACCAACUGCAUCCUACAGGCACAUGCUACACCGAGUCCCCAUACAGAUUUGGUUCCUUCUGGGGUGAUCCGCACAUGCGCACAUUGGACGGGAUGAACUACACAUUUAACGGACUUGGAGAAUACGUGUUACUCAGCGUUGUGACGUCAAAUGUCACAUUUUCCCUGCAAGCCAGGACUGAGAGGGCAGUGAAGGAAGAUGGAAACCUGUCUGACGCUACGAUCUUCACGGCCUUUGCAGCUAGAGAUAAUACAAAUUCGUCAAUACACAUUGAACUAAAUAGUGCUAAGGACAAUGUGACCUUGUACGGGAAUGGAAUUGAUCUUACCAAAACUCAUCAGGAAGUACAAAACGACAUGAUCGUGUUUAAUACGUCCACACUCACAAUUCAUGAAGACGACGGGGUUUUGAGAGUGUCAUUUCUUGAAAUAGGGAUAACGAUCGAAAUAGGAAAAGGAGCAGGAAUGUUGUCACUCGAUGUGAUUGUACCAAAGAUAUUCAACAACAUGACAAAAGGUCUCCUAGGAAAUUUUGACGGAGACCCAUAUAAUGAUUUUGUGUACCCUAAUGGAAGUCGGCUGUAUUUUAAUGCAAGCGAUAUGGAAAUAUUUUAUUACGGUCAGACAUGGUCCGUGAAUGACAGUUCGUCAGUAUUUAUAUAUGACGACGGCGAGAAACAUUCAGAUUAUCACAACGCUUCUUACGUUCCGCGCUUCCUGGAUACUGUUGACAACGUAACGCUUGCUCAAGCUGAAAAGGCAUGCAACGGCUCAAAGAACAUAGAAUGUGUGUUCGACUAUGCAUUUACCCUGAACGAAAACAUUGCAAAGUCAACGAACAACAUACGUGUAACUAUUAAUAAUAACGAAGAAGAAAUAGCUAAAGUCGUGCCAACCAUUAACAAUACAUGCAGUGUAAAUGCAACGGUUGGAGAUCAAAUUUCGUGUCAGUUAAAGCUUGAUAAUGGGUUAGAUAUAGAAUUUGUAAACAACGAUACUAAAACAACAUUUAACAGAACUUCGAAGACGCUCUAUUUCAAACAGAGUGAUGAUCGUCCACACAACAUAUGGAGCAACUUCAGAUUUAACCGUAACAAUGAACACAUAGGAAGUAAAAGUUAUGUAGGCAUGCUGUACACAAAUCAUGGUCCCGAAUGA